AUGAAACUGCAACUCUACCUCCUUCUGCUCACGGCCAUCGUUUUGGGAACGUCGAUGAACGGCGCUAGGGUGUACGCUGCAGACAAGGAACAUGCUGAAAAGGAGACGGAGACACCACUGACUGGCGCUUGGGGUGGCGGUGGUGGUGAUCGAUGGGGUGGCGAUGGCGGUGACCGCUGGCAUGGCGGCGGCGGUGGUGGUGGUGGCCGCAAGUGGUGA